AGAGAAAGAGAGAGAGACAGAGAGAGAGAGCUUUCAGUAGGGGUCUUUAGCAGUAGGGGGGAACUGGAGGAAACUCAGAAUAUUACUUUCAGAACUAAACUGGUACUGUGAAUGGUGUUAAUAUUACAGCUUACAUUAUUGUUAUUAAACCUCUCUGUAAUGAUGAAUUAUUGAUUUGUAUAUUCUUCACAAACCAUACUAGUCUCCACAUUGUAACAGAUCUGAAAAAACCCAAAAAAACCUGUCAAAGUAAAUAUGGAUCACAGUGCACAUCAUCAUCACACAGAUAACCUGGAUCAUUCAGGACUACAUUCUAGUCAUAGUCUAGAUCAUGAAGGUCAUCAGUCAUUUUUCCAUACAGCCUAUGGUAAUAUUAUAUUGUUUAAAGGUUGGAGAUUAUAUGAUGCCAAAGCCACAUUCCUGACCUGUCUUGCCUUGGCUGUUUUAGCCGUUUUGUUCCAACUGUUAAAGUUUAUACGACAUAGAUUUGGUAGAAAAUGUAUGAAUCUAAACUGCAGACGUUACAUUUUGAAUAAGAAUCACAUUAUCCAGACAGUAUUGUACACAAUUCAGUUUGGUUCGGGUUAUCUAGUCAUGUUGGCUGUAAUGACAUACAACAUAUGGAUAGCGAUAGCUGCCAUCGCAGGACUCGGGCUCGGCUAUUUCUUAUUUGGAUGGGGUGAAUAUGAAGACGGAAAGCGUCAGGAGAUUAUGAUAGUGAGGCCAGGCGGAAGUACAAAUUGUGGAGAACAAUUAGACCAAGAGUUAUUGCCCUUGAGUAAGGAUGCAUCAGCAGACACACUUAUUACUAAUGUAUCAAAUGGUGGAUUGGCUUGUUCAUGUGACGACGAAAUUUGAUUGGAUAAGUUCGGUCACAUUUGAUUGUAUGAUAUGAAAAGGUUGGAUUUUGUUUAAUUGUAUGAUAAUGUUGGGUUGUAAUUUUUGGGUAUCUUUUAUUUUUCUGUGACAAAUAAUAACAGGGUAUUUAGCCAUUGAGUGCUUUCAUUUGCAAUAUUAUUCUUGUUUUAAAGUAACGGUCCAUCAUUUGCAAUUUUUACUAGAAAAUCUAAUUUUUCACAGCUUAAUCCAUGCUAACAUAUCCUCAGAUUGAUUAUUUAAUAUUUAAUAACAAAAUCAAAAUACUAACACUAGAUAAAUCUCCCGGCUUAGAUUUAAAACAGGCCUAUUUAUUCUGUUUUCAUUGCGUAACGAGCAGCAUACGAUAAAAUUUAAGUUCCACAUAUCUUUGUAAACAAUGAACCAAAUUCCUAUUAGAGAUUGAUCUUUUACAAUAUUAUAGUUGGCAAGGGAUUCCAAAUCUACUAAAACUUUAAGUUAACAGAAGGUGCUCGGUUGUGGGACUGGAUUGUUUUCAUAUUCAAUGAAUUGAAGAGUCAUUAAAAAAACCCUGAUAUAUCGAUAUUUCCAUUUUAAAAUGGAAACAACCUAUCGCCAACUGUACCUAUUGAAUUAGCAUUAAUCUAACAUGAUCAUGAAAUACGACAUGUGGCCAGGUCCAUAUUUUGUCUACGAUAUCAUCUUAGGUGGAAGUGGACGUAAAAUCUAGGAACGAACGAACGAAAGGUCCAUAUCAACAUCUUCGAGCACCAAGUCAAAAUUGUUUACAGCCCACAGCAUCAUUCUAAAAUGUAUAUUGUGAGCCAAGGUCAUCACCCCCCGCCCCCCCA